UGUGCCGCAAGGUACUGAGCGACAGGGACAAAUAUGGACCACUCUGCGAUGGCGCGCCCCGCCCUCGGGCUGGCCGGCGCGGAGAAGCGGCUCUACGAGCUGAAUAUGAAUCAGGGUGAGAUCAGCGUGCAGCGGCAGGUGAUGCAGUUCCGCGUGGACUACCUCUCUGACCUCAACACGCAGUCGAUGCUGAUGGCGGGCGUCGCUGCUGGCAUGAUCUCGUCGAUCGAGCUCGAGGCGAUGCGGCCCGAAGAGGACGAUCCCGAAUUCUGCUUCCGGACCGUCCUCUGCUUCUUCUACAUCCUGGCGGCCGUCACCUCGCUCGGCGCGUCCAUCUGGGUGCUGUACACGUCCAACAACCUCAUCAACUCGGCGCUGGUGGCGCAGCUGUACGGCUCGACGCUCGCCGACAUGCAGAACGCCGAGUCCGUCCUCGAGCUGCGCAUGCUCGACGUGAGGAAGAUGUACAUCCUGGCGCUCGUGACGAUGCUGCCGGCGCUGCUCGUGAUGGUGCUCGCCCUGAUCCCGUGGUACAUCUCCCUACCCGCCGUCCUCGUCGUCGGCUGGUUCCUCGCCCACGCCAUCCACGCCGACUUCGCCACCGCCUGGCACCUCGAGCGGUACAACAUCCCUCUCUCCGAGAUGCGGCCAGAGUACUGGGUCGAAGGCGUGGCGCAGCGCUUCUUCGGAGGCGACGGCGGCGGCGGCGGCGGCGGCGGCCCCGACUCGGCCUCGCGGCGUACUCUCGGCGGGGCGGCUCUCGGCGCGCCGGUCGAGUCACCGCGCAACCCGGUCUCCAACUUCCUCGAGAGCAGGCUCCGCUCCAUAUUCGGCACGAGCUCGUACAACCGGCUCGGCGACCGCGUCAACGCUCUCGACGAGAAGCGGAUGUCUGCCGCCAUCAAGCGCGGCGUCUCCUUCUCUGGCGGAUCGCCCUUCGGCCCGGCGGCGGGCCGCAAGACCGCCUUCGCCACGCAGCUCGUGGAGUCGGAGCUGUCCGACGGCGAGCCUGCGGAGAGGUGCGGCUCGCCCGACCUGCACCGCGACUCGGCCGCGCUCAUCCAGCGGACAUGGGUGGACCGGCUGAUGGCAAAGACGGGGCACGCAAAGGGCGCCGGAGCGGGCGGGGGCGCGGAGCUCCCGCACGGCGGUAUGCCCACGACCAAGCAGCCGGGGCCGGCGGUGGUGGUGCGGCUGGAGGCGGACGCGACCCUCGGGUACAUGUGCAAGACGCCGUCGGACAAGGGCCCGUCCGCCGUGAUCCACUCCCUCGCCAUCGGGCCAAUGGGCCGGCACGAGCUGCUGCGCACGACGCCCGCGAACACGCCGUCGCACACCCGGUGGUGGGUGCUGCGCGGCUCUCGGCUUGCUUGCUACAAGUCGGAGACGGAGCAGGCGGACGGGGUCGCGCCCAAGCUCGUGGUCGACUUGCGCAGCUACGUCGUCGUCCGCACGUGGGACCCGCACGGGCUGCUCUGCGUCGCGCUCGUGCCGCGGCACGUCCUCAAGCCGCCCGUGCCUACUUCGGCCAAGACGGGCGGGCCGGGGCAGCGGAGACCGACCGAGGUGCGGAUGCAGGCGGAGAGGUCGUGGUACCUCUGCGCCUACCCCGCCUCCAUCUCCAACUCUGUGCACACGGAGACGUGGUUCGCGCGGCUCGAGGCCAACUGCGGCACGCCGUCGAACCCGUCGCUGCCGCGGUGAGGGGAGGAGGCGAGGGGAGGAGGCGAGGGGCGAAGGCGAGGGGCCGCCCGUCCCGCCCGGCCUCCGUUAGUCCUCCGGCCCCAGCGGUAGUGACGGCCGGUAGUGGCGCACGGCUGCACUAGAUGGGCGGUGCAGGAGGACGUAUUGCGCGAGCGUUCUGAUGGCUCAUCCUCGCCCGGGGCUCGUCCGCCUAUUGGCGGCCGUCUCAACUCUGUCGCCCACUGUGGAGAGAGAGAGUUCUGCUAUGGCUGUAGUCGCCUCGAGGGUUCUCCGCCUACCCUUAGCUGUCGUGGCGUCCAACCGUGGUGUUGUGUGUGCCCGUGGGAAUGUCUCUCUGUCGAUUGUGCGUACGGUAACGUGUCUCUGAUUUCUGUGCAUCGAUGUAUACGGG